GCCCUUUUCUAUUAAUGUUUGUUUGCAAUUAAGUAUAUUUAUUGCACUAACUGUUUUCUUAUCAAAAAAUAUAUGUUCUGAUCUCAGCUGAAAUUAAUGAGAUUGUUUUUAUUAAAAUUAUAUAAAAAAAUAAGACAAUGAUUUGAACAUGAGAUCUAAGAAAUACGACUUAGACGAGCUAAGGGGGCGGAUGCCUAUAUCUACUUAUACACAUGAUUGAGCUUAUAGUAUUUGAGUUGAGACACACAUAUUUUCUCAUAGUCCCUUCUCACCCUCAGUGUGUGAGAUGGAUCCAGCAUCAAUGGUCAAAAGUUUCAAGUACAGCUCCACACAGCAGCAGCAGCCCAUGUUUGGUGUCUUGGAAGCUCCUCUUCAUUACAGAUCCUCUUCAUCCCCACACAACAACGCCACCUCUUUCCAAGAUGCAUCUUUCUCCUCGUACCUCAAAUCCAACGAUCACAAAUCCCAACAAAAGAUCCUUGCCGCCGUCGACGACACGGAGAUAAGCAUCUUCGACGCGCAGAAGUAUUUCAGCGAGAAUUCAGACCCCAAAGAGAUGAUCAAGAAGCAGCCCAUGCCGCAUGAUACGCUCUCGUCGGUUCCCAGGCUCUCGUCGGUCUCCUCCACGGAUGGAUACGGCGGCCGGAAUUUCAGGACCCGCUCGUUCCACGCCACGCCCACGGCGUCGUCGGAGGCCAGCUGGAACAGCCAGACCGGCCUGCUCCAGAAUCCUCCUGGCGCCGUCGGAGUUUCCCUCAGGAACUUCGCCUCCGACGGCGGGAAGAGGAGGAGCUCCGCCGCCGCCAGGAAGUGGAGCUUCGGCCGGAAAUGCUGCUGCACUGGUAAGAAAUCCGUAGAGGUGAAGGACGCCGCCACCUCCGACUCCGAACACGGCGCCGCGAAAAGAGACGCUUACAAUUGCAAGUCGAAACAAUCGUCUAGGAGUUGUUCGAUCGCCAGCGAGAUCCUGGAAAUCAACCAGCAGAAGAGCUUCCCGUCGCCCGAUCCGGCGCCACGGCAGCAGCGGAUCUCCGCCUCCGGCCGCGCCUUCGUGGACGGUUUCUCCUUCCCGGUGCUGAACAAUGCGGGCAAGCCCGCGCUGAAAGCGAUCAUCACGAAGCCCAUCAUGAAUCCUCUGGAAGAACCGGCUCGCGAUUCGCUGGAGGUUUUCCAGCCGGUCCGCGAGGCGGUCCGGUUCAACCCGGGGAGUCCGCCGGCGCGCGUGGACGACGACGCCGUGAGCGACGCCAGCUCGGACCUCUUCGAGAUCGAGAGCUUCUCGACGCAGACGACAUCCUACCCGAUGUACCGGCGGAGGGACUCGCUGGACGAGGCCCCGGCGUUCAACGCGAGGAGGUUUCAGUGCGCGAGGAGGAGCGUGGACGAGCCGCCGACGCCGAGCGUGGCCGGGACAGAAUGCUACGCGCCGAGCGAGGUGAGCAUCGACUGGAGCGUGACGACGGCGGAGGGGUUCGACAGGGCGAGCGUGUCGAACUUCUCGGUGUCGGCGUCGGAGAUCGGGAGGGCGGCGUUCCUGCGGGAGCGGAUGCAGGAGGAGGGCGGCGGGAGGAAGAAGGGGAACGGACUGCUGCUGAUGAGCUGCAGGCAGGAAAAGGCGGUGAGCGUGGGGCCGCAGCCGGUGAAGUGCGAGGGGGCGGCGCAUGUGGGGGGUAGGCCGCCGAGGGCGGGGAAGCCGCCGCUGGCGAGCGACCACUCGGCGCGCUUGUCGGUGGCGUUUGCGGCAUGAGAAUUUGGGGAUGUUUGCUCCUUGCCGGGGAGGAUCAUGCCUAUGUUCGCUGUCUAGUCUUUUCAUGCACUGUUUUCUUCUUUACAAUUUGUCUCUUAUUACAUUUUUCAUCUUUCAUCUUUCUGUGUGUGAGACGUUUAUGGAAUUUUCCUAAAACGUAAUACUUGUGUGUGUGUGUGGGUGUUAUCUGUGAACAUAAUUUGCUUUUCAGUUUCUAUAAUAAGAAUUCUCUUCAUUUUA